AUGGCCACAAUAUCCAUCUACAGGCCGAGCUCUGUCUUGUCUCUGUCUCGGUCUUUUGCGCCCUCGUCAUCGUCAUCGAUAUGCCGCUGCUUCUCGACGACACCAUCUGCAUUCGCCCAACAGGGCAAGAGCAGGAAGGAGAAAGCCGCAAAGGAAAAGUUGAAGAAGAAGCGGAAGAGGAAUCCAUACUACAAGUUCUAUAACCUUAAGGAGAUGGAGCAGUACACACUAUGCGAUGCCAUCCAAUACCUCAAAGCUUUCGAAGUUGGCCGAAGCCCAGACUCGAGCAAAUACGAAGCACACGUCAAGCUAAAGACGAAGAAAUCAGGACCUGUCAUCCGACCAAACCAGGUCCAGUUACCAUACCCCGUCAAGUCCGACGUCAGAUUCGCCGUUAUUUGUCCACCAGAUAGCAAAGCCGCGCGAGAAGCAAAAGAGGCUGGCGCGGUUCUUGUUGGAGAAGAAGACAUCUUCGAAGACAUCAAGUCGGGCAAGGCUCAGUUUGAGCGACUGAUUGCGCACCCUAAGAGUAUGGAGAAGAUCCAAAAGUCCGGUCUGCCGCGUAUCUUGGGACCGAAAGGCCUGAUGCCGAACGUGAAGAACGGCACAAUCAGCACGACUCCGGGAGAACUUCUGCGGAGGCUGGUGGGUGGUGCGCUGUAUAGGGAAAGGAUGGGCGUGAUACGGAUGGCUGUCGGUCAGCUGGGUUUCACCCCGGACAUGCUGCGUGACAACCUAAGAGCAUUCGUCUCCAGGAUUAAGGAGGAUGCCUCAAAACUACCCGAGGACACCGCGAAGGACAUCAAUGAGGUGGUGCUGAGCUCGACUAAUGGGCCGGGGUUCUCGCUGAACGGGCAAUUCAGGACGGAGAAGAGUCCGCCUACAUGGCAGCUGACCGUGUAA